AAUAGCUUAAUGGUGCAUUUGUGCAGCUGGGUUUCAUGGUUGAGCAUGAGUUAAACUCCACAGUAAUGGAAUAUUCUGAAGCCAUCUCAGUGCACUGUGAGUUUCGUCUUUAAAUGUUGGGGACUUGAUUUCCACCACGACCGCACAACCGCUAACAAUGCAGAUUGAUCUCCGUGUUUGCUGCAAACGUUUCACCCAGGUUCGCUCCUUUGCUACCAGAGCUGGCUGAGAUGGACCACCAUGAAAACCAAACACCCUAUAUUACAGCAAGGUUAAUGGGCUUGACGUUGCCUUAUGCCUCCUGUAACAUGGCUAAUGCACGAUGUGAUGAGCUGCAAAUAAUUGCCUUGUAAAAAAUAAAAUAGAUGCAUCCAAAUGAAGGUUGUCUUCCACUCUAGUUCCUCUACUAUUUCACUAAUGGGGACAUAAGACCCACCACUGGAUUUCUUAACUGAAGCUUCUUCUCCUGAGAGAAACUGGAACGUAAACAUCAGUUGCCAUGCGUAUCAGUCUCUGCCAAGGCCUGUUAACUGGUGCCAUUGUCCUCAACCUCCUCAUUCUUUACUAUGUGUCCCGGGCUCAGCAGCAAAUGAUGGACAAGAGGAAGGAGCUUGGCAGGGGCACGAGGAGGGCUUCCCUUCCGGCCUCCGGUCUGGGCGGAGGCCUCGGGGUACCUGUGGGAGCUGGCGGUGAGCCUGGAGUGGUUGGAGGUGAGGGACACAGUCGUGGCCCACGUGUAACUGUUCUUCUUAGGGAGUUUGAAAACUUUGAGAAUUAUGUUGGGGAUGUUGCCAACUCCUUCCUCCACCAGAGACCUGAGCUUCCCUUCCUGGCUGUGGCGGACACGUCUCCGUACCCUCCCCUGGUGCUUCCAGAGGGGGCCCGCCUUUUAGUCCUGGCCCCCAGCCCGGACCAGCCACCACAGGCUCACAGACCUGAGUUCCAUGUCCAGACGGAGUUUGUGCUGCUGGUGCCUGAUGGGGUGGAGUUGGAACAACCUCGGGCUAUCGAGAGGCUGAUCAGGGAGUUGGAAGGUGAGGGUGGGGGGCCUGUGAGGCUGGUAUCUGCACCCGUGUUGGCUCGAUCUGCCGUGCAGUGUCUCCACCUGCGGGUGAACCUCAGAGAGUGGACAGCCACCUACUCACCGGCUGCAUCUGGGAGCAGCGGUAGCGUGUGUUCAGCUUUACAAGGAGAUGCAGUAGUCCUCAUUCGCACUGAGGACCUUUUUAAUCUCUCUGUCCCCCUGGGGCGGCCUCUCUUCUCCUCACUCUUCGUCCAGACUGCCUUGAGAGGCUGGAAGGUCAAGCUUCUGGAGGGCCCCUGUUUCGCCGCAAACCAUCGGCCCCUCUUCAGCUCCGCUCACAACCAGUGGAAGGCCGACACUCGACUGAAGGAAGCCACCGGGAAGCUCAUGAGGAGCUUUGGUCUGAAGCGUCUCCUGCUGCCUGAUGGGAAGGAACAGUGGUAUGGCUGCAGUAAAGAGACGCCUCGCUGCUUUGGCACUGUGCAGGAUGACACUCCAGACUACCUUUAUCUGGAUCGCUGGACACCUCCCUGCUGUCUGCGUGCUCUCAGGGAAACCACCAAGUAUGUUAUCAACAUCCUGGAAGCCUCAGGUGUGCGCUAUUGGCUAGAGGGGGGGACCCUGCUGGGCGCAGUCCGGCAUCAGGACAUCAUCCCGUGGGAUUAUGAUGUGGACCUGGGCAUCUACCUGGAGGAUAUACCCAACUGUGAUCACUUGAAGAACCUGGACUCUGGCUCUCUUGUGGAUGCUAACGGCUAUGUCUGGGAGCGUGCCGUGGAAGGAGACUUCUACAGAGUCCAGUACAGCGAGGCCAACCACCUACAUGUUGACCUGUGGCCAUUCUAUCCGCGUAAUGGCGUCAUGACCAAAGACACAUGGACAGAGCACAAACAAGACGUGGAGUUCCCAGAGCACUUCCUGCAGCCCCUGGUACCCAUGUCUUUUGCAGGCAUCACUGCCUACAGCCCCAACAACCACCGAGGCUUCUUGGAGCUCAAGUUUGGAGAGGGGGUAAUUGAGAACCCCCAGUAUCCCAACCCCUCAAAAAAGAGGCUGGACAGAAGCAAAUUAUGAGAGAUGGAGAUAGAGAGUCGGAAGCCCUUUUAAUGUUGUAUCUGUUUACAUAACAACACAAAAAAAUUUGCCUCAACUUUUUUUAAACUGCCUAAAAGAUGAUGGGUGAAAACUGAUACUGUGCAAAAAUGACUGCAAUAGAUGUACAUUUUACCACAGCUAUAUCACCAGUUUAAUCUCAUGCUGGUCAAAUUUUUUUCUAUUAUCAGUAUUUUGAUGCCUUACCUUGGACUGCCUUUUUAUUCUUUGUCAGAGGGGUGAGAUUUUGUUUGCAAUGGGCAUGAACGCUUGAAAGAUUUAAAUACGUACACUAGUAAUUACAUCAGGCAUAUCUAAAAGAGGCAAGGAAUGGUUUUACUACAUGGUGUACUAUAUCUGUACGUGUUGUACAGUAAAGUGUACAUAUGAAUGCUGUAAAGAUGGUAAAUGCUUUUAAAUUAUAUUUAUAUUGUUAUAUUUUGAAAGCUGCAGUGUACAUUAUCUUAAUAAGGAUUUAAGGUUUUGGACACAUUUUUGGCAGUUUUGCACAAACAGGUGUUUUAUUAUUUGUGUUACUUUGAUUUGCACUGUUUCUUUCAGUUUAUGAAUGAAUAUCACUGUAUAUCGAUGCCAUUUGGUACAUGACAGCUGUAGCAGGGUGAGUAAAUCUCAAUGUGGUGAAAUGAGAAACGCUGUCAUUCAUGGCAUAUUGAGAAGAAAUUUUUUUGAUGAUGUUCCUCAAUCAGGCCUUGGUAUUAGGUUAAAAAACAUAAAACUUUUUUAAUUAAUAUUAACUCUUAGCUCAACUAUGUGUGUUACUACUGAGCACCAACUAUGUAUUAACUGAAAUGGAAUUUCAAUCCAGUAGAUUAAUCAAUGAAACAUAAUCAAGAAGAGAAGUUGCACAUACAAACGCAUCAGCCUCUCUGGGUUCAACACGUUCCCUUGGUGUUACUUUUGUGUGUGAUGUAUCAAGUUGUCACUCCGAUUCAUGAACUGUUAAAAUA